AUGAAGAAUGACAUUCGUGAGUAUGUCUCAGAAUGUGUAACUUGUCUCCGGAUCAAAGCUGAGCAUCAGAAGCCUGCUGGAGAAUUACAACCUCUACCUAUUCCGAGAUGGAAAUGGGAGCACAUCACGAUGGAUUUUCUAAUGGGACUUCUGAAGACUGAGCAAAAGCACGAUGCCAUCUGGGUGGUGGUGGACAGGUUGACGAAAUCUGUGCAUUUCAUACCGUUCCGUGCAAUGUACUCCCGAAAGAUUCUGGCAGAAUUGUACCUGGAGCACAUCGUCAGACUUGAUGAAGUGCCGUUAUCUGUUACGUUCGAUCGCGAUACUCACUUUAAUACAAGCUAUCAGGCCAGUAUCGGCAUGGCAUCGUUUGAAGCUCUUUAUGGUCAACCUUGUAGAUCACCCAUUUGUUGGCUGGAACCAGAAGAUCAACUCACUAUUGAGCCAGAAGUUAUUCAAAAGAUAGUUGUGAUUCGGGAACGAUUGUUAACAGCUCAAAAUCAUCAGAAGAGCUAUGCUGACAGAAGGCGUAGACCUUUGGAAUUCCAGGAAGACAACUUCGUUUUGUUGAAGUGGUAUGACGUUCCGAUACAAUAUGACACAACAUACGAGGAAGUGCCAAUUCAAAUUCUUGAUCGGAAGAUGUGUCAUCGUGAUAUUCCCCUAGUGAAAGUUUUAUGGCAGCACCAUGGAGUUGAGGAAGCGACAUGGGAGUUUGAAACGACGAUGCAUGAGCUGCACCCGCAUCUGUUUGCAUUUUGA